GUUCCGUUCCCUCUGUCACGAAAUCUCUUGACAACCGCUUUCUUGGUUAUGUUUCCUUCUACUUUUUGGCUGCCCACUUCGGAUUCUUGUACGAAAACCAGUUCUACUAACAGUGAUGCUUCUCCGAAGUGUUUUGAAUCGAUUCCCAACCCAAAUAUGCAGCAAAACAAGACAAUUUCAAACUACCGCGUCACUGGCGAAAGUUGAAGACAGAAAACAAAUGUUGGCAUCUCUUCCCGAGAAAGAUGAAGGAACUGCAGGAGAGAAGUCGAUUGGGAUUGACUCCUUAGUUUCUAGCCGGACAAAAAAUCUGUUCGUGGAUGCUGAUACCCCCAAAAAACUAUUCAACGGAGUCCCUUUCUGUGAACUCCCGAUUUGCAACAUUCGUGUCUCGCCAAAUAACACAAUUGUGAGCCUAUCGGAUCACAAAGGUUUGAUCCAAAUGAUUCGCUCCUGCGGCAUAGAAGGCUUCAAAAAUGCCAGGAAGGGAACAAAUAUUGCAGCCCAAGCCACAGCCAUCAGUCUAUCACAGAAAGCCAUUGAGAGAGGCAUCAAGACAGUCCGAGUGAACGUCCGCGGAUUGGGACCUGGUCGAAUGUCCGCUAUCAAAGGGUUGCAAAUGGCAGGAAUGAACAUAGUUUCCAUCACUGACUCUACUCCGGUCUCGUGGAAUCCACCACGACCGAGAAAGCAGCGACGUUUGUAAAUAUUAGUUGAGAAAAAUAUAAUAGAAAACAAUAAACCUGAAUAAUUUUAAAAACAA